GUCUCUCUCAGCUCCGUCUCUCCCAGAUAGGCGGCGCAGACACGGGCAGAGUGUGGGGGUAUAGGACGAGCAGAGAGCAGGGGGUAGAUAGUAGCGUGUGUGUGUAUGAGAGGCUGGCAGACGGCAUGGUCUGGGUGUGGGGACACACUCCGGGAGCCUCCAUGUAGAGCGACAUCACCUGGACCUGUCCAGCGUUCAGAGAAGCAACAGGCGGCAGGAGUGCUCCCAGCAGCUCCUCGUUUUUUUUAACCUUUUUUUAGUUUUUUUUUUUUUUUUUUUGCGUUGUUUUGGGAGUGAGCUCCAGGCUGGACCGCAUGCAUGACACAACGCAAAGGCGAGAAACCCACCAUCAGUAUCCAAGAGCACAUGGCCAUUGACGUGUGCCCCGGUCCCAUCCAGCCCAUCAAGCAGAUCUCCGACUACUUCCCCCGUUACCCGCGGGGCCUCCCCCCCGUGGCACCCCAGCCAGCAGGCCACGCCGGGCCCCUGCGCUCUGCCCUCUCCACGCCUGCGGCCGCCGCCGCCACCUCAGAAAGUGAUCGCCCCAAUGAGGACAGCCCUGAGCGGGCGUGUGCUGGAGCCUCCGCCUCCCUGCAGGCCGUCAGGAGGGACGAGGAGCCGGACGUGGAGGGAUACGACUCAGACGACUCCACCACACUGGGAACGUUGGAGUUCAGUUUGCAGUACGACCAGGAGAACAACGCGCUUCACUGCACCAUCAACAAAGCCAAGGGGCUCAAACCGAUGGACCACAAUGGACUCUCAGAUCCUUACGUCAAACUGCACCUACUGCCUGGCGCCAGCAAGGCGAAUAAACUCAGAACCAAGACCCUGCACAACACACUCAACCCCCUCUGGAACGAGACCCUGACCUACUACGGCAUCACCGACGAGGAUAUGGUCCGCAAAACUCUCAGGAUCUCAGUGUGUGAUGAGGACAAAUUUCGCCACAAUGAGUUUAUCGGGGAAACGCGGAUUCCCCUCAAGAAGCUGAAGCCCAACCAAGUUAAAAACUUCAACAACUGCCUGGAGAAACAGUUGCCAGUCAACAAGACAGAAGACAAGUCUCUGGAGGAACGGGGACGGAUCAUGAUUUCCCUCAAGUACAACACCCAGAAGUCUUGCCUGGUCGUGGGCAUCAUACGCUGCGCUCACCUUGCUGCUAUGGACGCCAACGGCUUCUCCGACCCCUACGUCAAAACGUACCUGAAGCCUGACGAGAACAAAAAGUCGAAGCACAAGACCGCCGUGAAGAAGAAGACCCUCAAUCCUGAGUUCAACGAGGAGUUCUGUUAUGACAUAAAAUAUGCAGACCUCACUAAGAAGACUUUGGAGGUCACAGUGUGGGACUAUGACAUAGGAAAAUCAAACGAUUUCAUCGGUGGCGUGUCUCUGGGCAUCAACGCGAACGGAGAGAGGCUCAAGCAUUGGUUCGACUGCCUCAAAAACAAGGACAAAAAAAUCGAACGCUGGCACACGCUGACCAAUGAGUUACCCGGCUCAAUGAAUGACUGAAGGCCUGCACCCGGUCCGACCCCUCCGCCUGCAUUUCCUCAGCUCUUCUCCGUUUUUCUCACGUCAGACAUCCAACUCCUCUCUUUGGGAAAACAUUUUCCUGUCAACAGGGCUCAAAUUAUGCUUUCCACAUCUUGUGCAUUUAGAAACACAACUUGCACGGCUGCUGAUGUAUUCUAGUUUCCCCGAGAUACUGAGUCAACACGGAGAAUGAUGGCGGGGUUUGUGCUGUUGACUCGUAAGCUCUUCAGCUUUCUUGCAUGAUCAGUGAAGAAAAAAGAAGCAAAUGCUCUCUGUUUGAUGAGGCAUUUUACAGCAGCUGAAUAAAUUUCCCCAAAACAAAAAGCAGGAGAGAAGCAAAACAUGUGAAAUAAAGCAGAAAUGUAGGCGGGAACAUGACUGAAAAACUAAGAGUAGCAAAUAUUUCCUAAUGUGCAUCGUAUCAAACUAACAUUUGCUUCUUUCUCACGUUUAGUGUUGUAAAGAUGAACCUGUGUGGGAAGAUGUUGCUGUUUAAUAUUAUUGAUUUAAGGUUUUACACAACAGACUGAGCAGUGGUGUCAUUUGAACAUUAACGAUCCAAUCUGACAGAAUAUUUAGGGUCAACAUAUGGAAAUAAGAUUUAACUUUAUACUUAAUAAACACUUUGGUUGACUAAAACCUCUGGCAGAAAAUUAACGUCCUCUCCUUGACAUGACAAAAGUUCAUAAUCUGUAGCUGCGUUUCCAUUACACAUAUGCACAAAACUUCACAGAUAUUCUGCUAAUGUUGAAAAAAGCUAUUUUGCGAUAGGGAUUUUUCCAUUAAAUGAGAAAUGCUAUUAAAAUCACGCAUGAAUAAGUUUGUUCACAAGAUACGUCAUUAAAAAAACCCCACCAUCCUCGAAACCACUUCCUGUCAUCUUCCUCAUCAUAUUUUCUGACUAACAUCCAGUUUUUGAUCACGACUCAUGAUGCCAAAAAAUUGUUUCCAUUGCAGUUUUUUGCAAAUUCACUAAUUUUGAUACAGCCAAAAAAACCACCUCAUCCUUGCACAAAAACUUUUUUAUCAAAAACAUGCUUUUUUUUUUACAAUUAUUUAGCAAAUGUAUUUUCGGAAUUACAAUUUGUGCAAUUAUAUGGUUAAUUGAAAUGCAGCAAUUGACAACCUGCUAGGAUUUUGCAAUGAAUCUUCAAUCCAAUUAUUCAUCUACAGAGCUGAUAAAUGUUGAAAUAAUCCAAUUGUCCAGGUGAGAAAAGUAUUCAUCACUCCAUUUUGAAUCACUCUAUAUAUGAUUGUCUAGAUUGAUUUACCUACAAACCUGCCUCCAAAUGGCUUCAUUGUGUCAGAAAAGUGGUGAAAUCUGCCCUUUAAGAUUAAGGAUAAAAACCACAGAGACGUCUAAGAUCUAUUGAGACACACAGAAGUUUAAACAUUUACUAUCACCAGGCUCAGAAAACAACCAAAAGCAUCCUGAAGCUGUGGUUUGCUGUGCUCAGAGGCUCUAAUCAGCAGCAGAGUGACAUUCAGUGGGGACCUGGCUGGUGAAAAUCACUUGUCGAACUCUCGAUGCCGCCUGAUUGGACAGCUCCAAAUGUGCUUACAGUGUAGUGUUUACACUGUUGAAAAUGGUUUUCUGCAACAGUGUGGAAAGGUGAUAGGGUUUCUGUAAAGUUUUAAAUAAGUCCUUAGAAACUCAAAAAAAAAUACACCCAGAUUUUUAGGUUUGAACUAUUUCCACUUUUCAUUCCUUCCUUUAUUUUGGAUAUUUAAAAUAUCUUCCAGUUCAAGUGUUAAGUGUUUACAAAAUUAAGGUUUAUUGAUAUUUGAGAGGUCAAACUUGCAUUUUAAUGCCAUUAUUAAAGAUCAUUAUUAAUGAGAUAAAUGAUACACAAGUAUCAUUUAUCCCAAUAAUUACUGGGACAAUUUAUCAUCCAGCAAAACUUAUUAUGAUGACAGGCCUACAGGACACAUUGUCUGCUGUUUGUAGCAACAAAGCUGUAAUGCCGAGUCCAGGGAACUUGGCAUGUUACGUAGGGAUGUUAAAAGUCACUCACAUAUUUUUGAUAAUUUAUUUUAAGUGUUGCAUUGAAAUUAUUUAAGCCUGCAGAAACCCUGAGUGAACCCUGACAUAAAAAAAUUACAAGAAAGUAUUAUCAACACUCAAAUCAUGCAUUGUUUACAGUGAUGUGUUUAUGCAAAGACAAAAACAAUUUAUGCAGAAUUUGCAAAAAGAUUGAUGGGAAGAGUUUUUAACACACCUGCAGCCUGUGUUUGAUCUCACAUGUAUCAGACAGAAUGUACGUCUAUGCUGUAACAACACUAAAUCCCACCAAGUAUUUUUGCUUAGUUUCUAGUACAUUUUGUUAGUACACUUGAAUUAACAAAAAAUGAACUUCCAAGUAACUUUGCAGUAAGUUACAGAGCUUGUUUUAAAGCUAUAGUAUGUAACUUAAAAAAAGGGUUUUUUAAACGUAUUUGUAAAAAUUAUUAUGUUGCAACACUAUUACAGAAGAGAUUAUCUGAAAAAAAUCUACCUGCGCCCAGUGAUUCAGUACUAACUGCAGAAAUACACCACUCAGUCAGAAACAACCAAUUAGAGCCAGGAGGAGGGUUUUAGCGCUGUCAAUCACCCUCGUCUUUACCCUUCUACUUUGCUGCCUGGUACGCUACAGUUAGUUCACCACAAGAUAACCUGCCACAAAUUCAAAAACUACUUAACCUAGCCGCCUGUUUAUCCACCAUUUGCACUUCGAGCAGUAUACACUAGCUUGAUUGACAGCUCUGAUACCCUCCUCAUAGCUAUCAUUGGACGUUUUUCACUAGGAGCGGUGCAUUUUUAAAAGUGCACAGGUUCCACUGGCAGAUUGUUUAUAUCAAGACAUUUUAUAUGUGAAAUUAUUUGCCAGUGGAGCUAGUACUUUUUCAUCAAUAUUAAGGAAUUAUGUACUUAAAACAAGCUACUUUAUCUUGCUGAAAAGUUACUUAUAAGUUAAUUUUAUCUUAUUUUCAGCAUGCUAAAAUGUUUGUACAAGAAACUAGAUCAAAAUAGUUGGUAAGGUUUGUGUUUUUUCAGUUCAUAGCCCUAGUGCUUAGAAAUGUUCAUUUUGUGUUUACCGACCUGCUCCUAUGUUUGAACAGAACUUAAAUAAUGAAGUUUUUAAUGAUCUUAUGUGGAGGACUCAGUAGUUUGGGAUGCAUGUCAUGUGUUUGUGAUUUUUACCACUCUGAGUGCGACCUUUUCUGCAUGGCCACACACUCGCCACACCACACGUCUUGUAAAUUUCCCCUGCACGCUCGCUGUGAAACAGACUGGGAAAACCAAACCAAACAAAACAACAACAAAAAAGAAACAGUUCAACGAUCAGAAUUCCUGUCUGGCUCGUCAUUUAGCUAACAGCUUCUUGUCCCUAAAAGUGAUCGACUCUGUUUGUUUUUCAGGAGCGUCGGCGCGGCUGACGGUUUUAGCAAUCGCAUCAUUUUAUCUCACUGAUUACAGUCGGUCGAUAGCUAUGAGCAGCACUGCUGUCCCUUUGUUUAAUGAUCCGACCACAGCUCUGUUGUUACUGUUUGAAUUAUUAGAUCCCAUCCAUUUACUUUGAUUUUUUUUUCUCCCUUAUAUCACCUUUAUAGCAGCUGGGGACUAACAUCUUUAAUUCAUCCCAUCAGGCGUCGCGCCUCUGUUUUCCCUAAGUGUUAACAGCCUUUCCAGCCGCAUUGAUUUAUGGCCAUGAAACCUUGUUGGCAUCUCAAUAUUCUCCUUGACACGGUGAUCCCUCUUGCUCUCUGGUGAAUACGUAAUGAAUACAACCGACACGUGGUUUUGGUUUUGUAACCCGUCUGCCUUUGUGUGCAAGCUCAAUAUUAUGAAACAAACGGAAAAAAAAAUAUCUUAAAUGCAUGCGUAUGUUCAUGGUUUUGUCAUGAGAUGACUUUGCCUAAUGUUUGAUACUGUUUUCUGUAUAAACAAGAAAAUAUUUGACUGUGGAUGCUCUAAAAUUACGCUAAGAGUCGGUUUUCUUCUGGACAACAUUUUGUACCUUGGAACACAUUGCCUGUUUGGCUGCUGUAUUGACUAUUUGAACGCGUGACUUGAUGUGAAUUAAAAUCCCUCCUUUUGUUUGUU